AUAUUUGUGAAUCGAGACGCGAUAACUGAGAUAUAUUGUAACCAACUCAAUGUACAAGUUUAGAUAAAAUGGAAGUGUUCAACAGGAUGUGUUCAAUUAAAGUUUUUUUCAUUUUGGUUAUUGUGAACAAUGAUCUACCAGACAGUGUAGCAAACAUACCAAGUUCAAUUCAACACGCGGUUGGAAGCUGUUCGUUUACAAAUAACGACACGUGUGGUUACGACGUAAUAAGCCAGUGGGGAAUUCAUAAGGGACACUACUUGUUUAUGGGACAUCAACUUCUCAACGGAGGCAAAGAUAACGACUUCUACGCGUUGUUUGAUCCACCGCAUUACCCACUGAAUGCUAUUCCUAGAAGUUCGUAUUCCAUGACCUCGCCACUGUUACCAGAAGGCAAAGCGUGUCUCAGUUUCUACUACGUACUUCCUGCUUCCAUAGCAACACUUAACGUGAGGAUACGCACAGAGGAGAAUGACACAGUGUUACUGUGGAGCGUGACUGGUCGAGGGAUUAGGAACUGGACAAGAGAGAAGGGGCUAUUUUUGGCAAACAUCCAUAAUUUUGUGGUAGAAUUUGUAGGGAAAACGUCCCUUAAUGCUUAUAUUGGAGUCGAUAACAUAACAAUUGAAAGUUUCACUUGUGAGAACGGAUACGAGCCGAUUAAGGAGGACGUACUAGAAGUUUGUGCGGGCCGCAGUAAUCAUGUGCCUGAAUGUGAACCUGUUGAUUGUGGAUAUCUAAUGGCACCACAACAUGGCAACGUGUCAUACACCAACACUACAUACGGGUCUACGGCUACACUAUCGUGUCAGACCGGAUACAUCCUAAAUGGAAGUAACACAUCAAGCUGUGACAGCAGUGGACGUUGGGACAGUACUGGUCAGACAUGUGUUGUCAUUGAUUGCGGGCGUCUAACGGCACCACAACAUGGUAACGUGUCACAAAUCAACACCACAUACGGGUCAACGGCUACAAUAUCAUGUCAGACCGGGUAUAUCCUCAAUGGGAGUAACACAUCCAGCUGUGACAGCAGCAGGUAUUGGAACAGUACUACUCAAACGUGUGAUGUUCUUGAUUGUGGAUAUCUAAUGGCACCACAACAUGGCAACGUGUCACACACUAACACCACAUACGUGUCUACGGCUACAAUAUCGUGUCAGACCGGAUACAUCCUAAAUGGAAGUAACACAUCAAGCUGUGACAGCAGUGGACGUUGGAACAGUACUGGUCAGACGUGUGUUGUUAUUGAUUGUGGAUAUCUAAUAGCACCACAACAUGGCAACGUGUCACACAUUAACACCACAUACGGGUCUACGGCUACAAUAUCGUGUCAGACCGGAUACAUCCUAAAUGGAAGUAAUACAUCAAGCUGUGACAGCAGUGGGCGUUGGGACAGUACUGGUCAGACAUGUGUUGUCAUUGAUUGCGGGCAUCUAACGGCACCACAACAUGGUAACGUGUCACAAAUCAACACCACAUACGGGUCAACGGCUACAAUAUCAUGUCAGACCGGGUAUAUCCUUAAUGGAAGUAACACAUCCAGCUGUGACAGCAGCGGGUUUUGGAACAGUACUACUCAAACGUGUACUGUUCUUGAUUGUGGAUAUCUAACGGCACCACACAUGGCAACGUGUCACACACCAGCACCACAUACGGGUCUAAUGCUACAAUAUCGUGUCGGACCGGAUACAUCCUGCGUGGCGAUGGAAUGGUUACGUGUGACAGUAAUGGACAUUGGAAUAGUACUAGUCAAAUGUGUACAAUUAUUGAUUGUGGACAUCUAUGGGCACCACAACAUGGCAGCGUGACACACACCACCACGACAUACGGGUCUACGGCUACAAUAUCUUGUCUAACAGGAUACAUCCUACGUGGUAGUGGAAUUGUUACGUGUGACAGUAAUGGACAUUGGGGCAGUACUGGUCAGACAUGCUCUACUGUGGAAAUGGAUUUAAAUAAAGCGAUACGCGCUGGAUGCAGUAGCAUCGGAUGGAACAUAUCCGUUGAUAUGUCGAUACUGCAGCAAAUGUACCCUUUUGUUUUACCGAACAACAUUUAUUUUGGCGAGACGUCUUGUAAAGGAUCUUUAAGUCGUAAUAUUCUUCAAUAUACAUUUGGAUUUAAGGAUUGUUUAACGAAUGAAAAGAUUUCCGGUGAAGCCAUUAUAUAUGAAAAUAAACUCAUUUACGCCACAUUUGACCUGCUAAAUUCACAUUUAAUUCGGAAUCACGUCUGGACGUCAUUCAUCGCGAGGCAACAUCUUCUCACAUCCAUCAUGACGUUAACACGCACCAUUCUUCGUUCGUAGUGCAUAACAAUAUCAGCCUAGGAUUUUAUUCGGAUCCAAGCUUUACGCGGGAAAUAGCCGGCAAUCCCUUGCAUGCCAGCAUUGGUGAUACAAUUUAUGUUAAAGUGUACACGACGGUUUAUGAUUGGUCAAUAAAGAUGCGCCUCCAUUCCUGCAUAACGAAACCUUGGCAAAACUCAAACUCAACAUUAGACUACCUUCUGAUUAAUGACGGCUGUGAAAUCGACGCCAACACACACAUAAUGUCACAAUCUGCGCACCAGACUACGUUCAUGUUUCAAGACUUCGAAUAUUCGGACAACCCGGAGGGCCUGGAUGUUUAUUGUAACGCUACCUUUUGUCACGCGUCUGAUUUUACUCCGACAUGUUUGCAAUCUACAGCCAUAGGGCAUUCGUGUAUAAAUUGUAUAUUUCAAUUAAAAUGACAUAACUCUUUUGCAGGAAAUCUAAAAACCUAAACGCAAUUCAGAUUGGCACACUAUUGAGUUCGUUGUCCUAAUCAUGUUAAUGCUACCAAGUUGUAAUCCUUAAUUGGCCAAAUAUCAGUAGGCAUAUGCUAUUUAACAUCAUCUACCAUUUAUGUUUCGAAUAAAAUGUGAGUGUAAGAAAGUUUUACAAUGAUAGUCUGCGAUAUAUCAAAAUAGGUUUACAGAUAAAUCUUUGGAUUAAUA